ACAAAUAUGGACGAAGCUGCUGUAGCAAAGAUAGAUUUGGUUGAUCAAAAGUUGCUAGCCCUUACCCUUAGCCUCUCACCGCAUCUUACACUCUCUUCCCCAUCUCUCAUCGGCAUCUCUUCAGAGCUUGUGUGAACCCUAAAUUUGUCUAUCGCUCUCCCGCUCUUGCUGUUUUUCAUCUCUAUAUUCUGCCAAUCGCCAUAGCUCUCGCCCCUUCCCCCACUGUGUCUCCGAGCUGUUCUCGAGCCUUUUGGCGAUUCACUUUCAAUCGCGACAGGUUUUUGAUUUUUCUACAGUACGAUGGCUGAUGGUAAGAUUGAUCUCCCCGAAGAUCUCCUCGCCUCCAAUCUCUCCGAUCAGACACUGAACCCUAAAGGUAACAUCGAAGACAAGUCUCUGAUAGGAUUGCUUGAUGUGUCAAAGGAUCAAGCAGUGCCUGAUAACAACAUCCCUUUGUCUCCACAGUGGCUGUAUGUUAAGCCUAGUGAUACCAAGACAGAUAUUCGCCCACCAAGUGCUCUUUCACUUGGAAGUUCUGGGGAUCUGAUACAGAAGGAAAACAGACGUUUGGAUGCACCUGAAGAUAGAAAGGAUUGGAGGAGGACUACAACAGAGAGUGAGAGUGGACCACGUUGGCGCGAAGAAGAGAGGGAAACCAGUCUGCUUGGUAGAAGAGACCGCAGGAAAACAGAUCGACGCGUUAUAGAAAAUACUGCUGCCAGGGAAACAGGUGAAGCUAGAUCUUUACCUACCUCUGACAAGUGGCAUGAUGUGGGCAAUCGAAAUGUGGGUCCUGAAUCACGACGUGAUGUAAAGUGGACUUCUAGAUGGGGUCCUGAAGAUAAAGAGAAGGAAACUCGUACAGAGAAAAAGAUAGAUGUUGAAAAGGAAGAUGGAAACAAUGAGAGUCAAACAAUUAUCUCCAAUCGUUCAGUUUCUGAGCGGGAUCCAGAUGCACGUGACAAGUGGCGCCCACGCCAUAAAAUGGAAGGAAAUGCUGUGGGAUCUGGCUCAUACCGUGCUGCGCCUGGAUUUGGGACAGAGAGAGGUCGUGGAGAGGGGUCAUAUGUUGGGUUCAUUGUAGGCCGUGGGAGGUCCAAUGCGUCGGCUCAGAAACCUUGCAGUGCAAUUGGUAGCACAAAAUUAGACAACAGUGAUAGUGAUAGUGUACCUGGAAAACCAAAAUCUGGAGCCGAUUUAUUUUGUUACCCGAGGGGGAAGCUUCUUGACAUAUACCGCACUCAAAAACCUUUGUCAUAUUUUGACAGUGCUCCUGAUGAUAUGGAAGAAGUGCCCUUCAUUACUCAAGCAAAUGUGGGCGAACCGUUAGCUUUUGUUGCUCCUGAUGCUGGAGAGGAGGCGAUUCUUAAUGGUAUAUCGAAGGGUAUGAUCAAGAGUAGUGGUGCGUCAUAUGCUUCUGCUCAAAAGGGGAGAUCAACUGAUAAUGUUAAUGAAUUUGGAGAGAUAGAACAUAUGAAUGGAAAACCAGAUGUGCAUCUUACGGACAAGAUAGAUAAGAUGGUAGAUCAUUUUCCGAAAAAAUCAAAAGAUAUUGAAGAAUCUGCUGCUGACAGCAUCUUUUACAACAGUGGGCUUAAGAAAUAUUCACGUGAUAUGAAAGAAACUUAUGAAGAUCCUGAAGCUAUUAGUUCACAUGACACAAUGCCAGACAUAACAAGUGACACAAUUGUCAGACCUAAAGACAUUGAUGUUCCUGAGCUCGGCUGCAUCCAGUCCCACAAAACAUCAACUUUUGAUGCCAGUUCUAGCUUUCCUGAUGAUUCAAUUUCUGUAAUCUCUUCUGUGCUAAGCUUAGGCUUUUGCAGUAAUGAAAACCGAUUGGGGAAGAUGAUCCCACCUGAACAGCUAAGUUUGUACUAUCGUGAUCCUCAAGGUGCAAUUCAGGGUCCGUUUCUUGGGGUUGACAUCAUAUCAUGGUUUGAACAAGGUUUUUUCGGGACAGAUUUACCUGUUCGUUUAGAAGGGGCCUCUGAGAAUUCACCCUUUUUAGAAUUGGGUGAUGUCAUGCCACACCUAAGAGCUGGCCAUGGUGAUCUUGGAAUUUCUGGAUCAGGUUCUAAUUUUGAACAACCCGAAGCUGUGGAAGACCUGGCUGAAGCAAAUAUACAGGACUCUUGCUCUUCUGUAAUUGGUUCUUCAGCCGCCGCCAUCGAUGGCUUUAUGUGGCAGUCGUCAGACCUUGGUGGUCCAUAUGGUCAGCAUAUUCAGCCAAACAGAUCUGAUCAGAACUUUCGUCCAUCUGAAACUUCAAGUUCCCAGGAAGAGUAUACUGAUUUUGGCCAUUUUGCUUCCCAAACUGAAGAAAAUAUUUUCCCAGGAAGACCUGGAAGUAGUGGAAAUCCCAUUGGGAAAGUAAUGAUGGGCACCAAUGAUCCACCUUUAAAUAUCAUAAAUCACCCGUCAGUCCAGAUUGAAAUGUCUGAUCCUGGUUUGGCAAAUCACAGAGAUCACAAUAAGUUGCAUCCAUUUGGUUUGUUAUGGUCUGAACUUGAAGGCCCUUAUUCGAGGAAUGACAACAGAGGCAAUCAGGUUCAACAUGCAAACCCCAUAUCUGGACCAGUCUCUCAGUUCGGCACUAUGACUGAGUCAUCCACUGGUGUAAUAGAUUCAUGGCCACCUAGCAUUACUCACAGGAAAAAUUCACUUUCCGAUCUCAACUCCUAUCAAGAUCCCAGUAGAUUUGAUUUUUCAGAUAAUAGUAUAUCCCCUCAUCACCUCCAGCCACUCAAUUUGAUGUCUUCCCAUAACGCCCUCAUGGAUGACUCAACAAUGGAAAGGGGAGGGGUUCCUCAGAAUUUAAUGCACAAUCAAAUGGUUCCACCUGAUAUAGAGCAGUUUAUGACCAUCAAGAUGCAGCAAAGGCAACAGCAAAGGCAGCAGCAGCUACACCUUCAACAAAUGCAGCAAAUUCAGCAACAACAAAUGCUUAUGAAAGAACAACAGCAGUCUCAGGCCAGACAGCUGCUGCUUGAACAAUUUUUGCAGCGUGAAUCAAACCACGGCCAAUCACGUGUUGAUUCCAUUAGACCUGGGAGCACCAGUCUAGAACAUGUGAUAAGAAACCAACAGAUUUUAAGUGAACUACAUCAAUCCCAGCUCCCUCCAAGGCACACCGAUCCUUCCAUUGAUCAUCUAUUUCAGCAGGCUAGAUCUGGUCAAAUACCGCUUCAUGGAGGGCAUCCAAACAAUUUGUUGGAGCUUUUAUCACAAACUAAGCGAGGUGGGCAGAUGCAUCAUCAAUUGGAGCAUCAUCAUAUUCUCCAACAAGAACAGUUACACGGGAGGCCGUUACCGAUGGGGUUGAGGCGAAGGUUUGAAAUGGAGGAAGAAAGACAACUUUCUUCUGUCUGGCCACCAUUGGAUGAGAACAACCAGUUUUUGAGAAAUCAUGGCGGCCAUCAUCGAUCCAGCUCAGGGAUUGGCGGGUUAGAUUUUCUUCAACAGCAACAGAUACGACCUGAAGAGCAUCUCAGUCUUCUUGAGCGGAAUAUUCCGUUACAAGAUAGACUACCACGUGGCCUUUAUGAUCAAGGGUCAUCUUUGCCAUUUGAGCGAUCUAGGUCGUUGCCUGGUGCUGGUGGAGUGAAUAUGGAUGUUUUAAAUGCAAUUGCUCGUGCACAGGGCUUAGAUAUGCAGCAGGAUCCUAACGUACGAAUGAACUCUAGUGGUAAUAUGGGUGGGCCUGCUUCUGGCCUCUACAAUCAUCAUCAUCCUCACCAUUCUUUUCCUUUAAAUCAAUAUGACGGUUCACACUCAGAUUCAGUGGAAGGACGUUGGUCUGAUAACAACAACAGCCAGUUACCAACUGAUUGGAUGGAAUCCCGAAUUCACCAAUCAAGUCUUAUUGGUGACAGGCAAAUGCGAGACACAGAGGCUAAACGGGUUUCUUCUGAAGAUUCAAGUUUAUGGAUGUCUGCAGGUGCACAUGAUGAUAAUUCUAAGCGAUUACUUAUGGAACUUCUUCAUCAGAAGCAUGGCCAGCAAUCAUCAAUGGAGCAGUCUAGCGGUAGAACUUCUUAUGCUUCAAACCAGCCCGCUUUUAGUAGUCUCUCCCAUAAAGGAAUGGAUCCAAACCACUCUUUUGCUGUAGGGUCUUAUGGCUCAAAUUCCAGUGUUCCACGUCAGAGUUAUGUAGCAGAAGAAAUUACAAGCAGUCAAAAUCUGCCAUUCUCAUCUCAUUCUAGAACAUUAGGCAAUGAUGAGGCGUUCCUUUCUCGCGUCAAUGAUUUUUCCAAGGGAACUAGAGCAGAGAUGCCAGAAGGUUCAACUCAACAGACGGGCUUGCGCAGAGUUGACCGGGAUGAAAUACCAAUUGAUGUUCACACCCGACGCACUGGCCUUGACAGUGGAGGUAAUUUCCGGACUGAUGUCGCUGAGGAUCACCGCGAGUCUAUUCCCACAUUGAGGGCAGAAAAUGUUUUACUGAAACGUCCCCAUGUUUCAUCAAGUGAAGAAGGUUUAUCCGAACUGAACUCCAGUUCAAUCACAAGCAAAAGUCAUUCAAAUACGAAGGCUUCAGAAGUGACUAGGAAACAGGAUUCGGAAUGUAUUGCCGUAGUAGCAAAUCAAGUGUCUGAAACAUCCUUAACGAAUGGGAAAAAAGAUGCACGUUUCAGGCGAACUGCCUCUUGCAGCGAUGCUGAUGUUAUAGAAACAUCGUUCAGUGACAUGCUUAAGAACAAUAACAGUGGGAAGAAGAUGGGGGCAACACAGCAGGAUGUUCAUUCUCCUUCUAUGACUGGUACUAUUUCAGAGCCAGCUGAUGGGGGCGUACAGGGUGGUGGUGCACGGAGCAGCAAAAAGAAAGGGAAGAAAGGGAGACAGAUCGAUCCUGCCCUUCUCGGUUUCAAGGUGAUGAGUAACCGUAUUUUGAUGGGUGAGAUUCAACGUGUUGAGGAUUGAUUAGAUGAAAGUUUUACGAUCUUAUAUUUUGUCACUGUACAGGCUUUGUUUUUUGUACAGCAAUUUGUUGCGGUAGAAAUCAGAUCCCCUAAUUUAGGCGGUGUUUGGAUAUAGAGCAUAUGUACAGAGAUCGUAUGUUGUCAUUAUUAUAAUUCAUUAAAUUGUUGAAUAAUAUUGGAAGAAGGCAUGGGUAAUGGUUAAGCAUUGACG